GUGCUUUGCGCAGGUUACGUCCUCCAACUCGGAAAAUUAAGAAAAAUUCCCAACACAUUUCAGAAAUGGAGCGACCAAGAGCAGAGGCUUUAUUUGACUUUAAUGGAACUGCUGCUCAAGAGUUGAACUUUAAGAGCGGAGAACUCAUAUAUCUUCUGGGUCGAGUAAACAAAGACUGGCUGGAGGGAACAGUGGCUGAUCGAGUAGGUAUUUUCCCACAAUCCUUUGUGAGAAUCAUCAAAGACCUACCAGAAGAGAAGUUUCCAGUGAGCUGGCUGCGUUGCUAUUUUCACGAUUAUGACAGGUGUCACAUCAGAGAUAUCUCCUUAGAAGAAGAUGUGAAGAAGCUUCCCACUUACAAUGAGCUACUGGAGCUAAUAAGAACUCAGUUCCCUGGGACUGACGUGGCCCUGAAUAUAAAAGAUGCAGAUGGUGACCUGAUUCGCCUAUUGGACAACAGUGACAUGGAGCUGCUUUAUACAAGAGGAAAGAGAAAGACUCACAAAGAAAACUUCUUCUCCUGGGAGUUACACAUAACACACCAUGAGGACCUAGAUGUGUACAGUAAUGGAGCCGAAGAAAAUAGUCAUACAGCAUAG